AUGGCUCUAACUCCUUGCGUGCAUGCACACUCGCGUAGCGUCGUGUAUCACAUUUCGCUUAACCCCAGACCAUGGUGCUUGGCAAAUGUGCCGAAUGGCGCGAAGCGUUGUUCGGAACGCGUCGACCUCCUUUGCGCCGCACCGCCCUUCACAGGAGGUCGCGGCGAUGCGGCUCGACGCGAUGAAAAAAUAAGCGUUAAAAGGAGGUGUCAGGAAGCACGCCGUGGACGAGAGAUAUAUAAAACGCAGCUUCGCAUUGCCCAUCUCCCCAAUGAGCGACGACCAGGCCUUGGAAAUUUUCUUGAAAUCCCCCGUCACCCAGGACAUGAUCCACCACCUGGUGACGGUUACGCUGCAGGUGCUGCCCUGCGAGUCCUCCAAAACGAUCACCCAGAAGGUCAAGUCGCCGGCCGACACAGAGCCCGUGCUCAAGACCAAGCCGCUGCCCUCGCUCAUGACCUUCAUCACCAAGCUCGUCCGCUACACGAACGUCUACACGGGAACGCUGAUGUCGACCAUCGUGUUUCUCAACAGACUCAAGGCCAAGCUUCCCAGGGACGCCCAGGGUCUGCCCUGCACACGCCAUCGCAUUUUUCUGGCCUGUCUGAUCAUUUCCUCCAAGCACCACAACGACUCCUCGCCCAAGAACAAGCACUGGAGCAAGUACACAGACGGAUUGUUCCGCAAGGAGGACGUCAACCUUAUGGAACGCCAGCUGCUCAUGUUGCUGGACUGGGACCUGAAGAUUUCCAAGGACGAGCUUCUGCGGGCCUGGAAGAGGUUCCUGGACCCAAUUCGCGCAGAGCUGCGCAAGAAAGACAGAACAAGGAAGCCAAUGCCGUCCACGCCUACGGUCACCGUCACCGCGUCGCCAGCGUCUCCUGUCCUGCUCACACCAGCCAGGUCGCUGUGCAGCUCUCGCUCGUCGUCCGUCUCGUCGCUGGACACGCUGCACUCCCGCGCCUCGUCGGUCUCCAGCACCUCGAGCCAGCUUAUGGACGACUACUCUCUUGGCAAGCUGAUCGACAAAGUUGCGCAGGAGGAGGAGCAACAGCUCAACAAUUUAAUGAGACAGUACUGUUCUGUCUCGUCGCAUAG